AUGAACGAAAGGACGGCGGUGCGACAUUGGUUGCGGAUAAUUUACGCAUUGCUGUGUGUAAAUAGUGUUUUCGCAUUCCCCGAGCAGGGAAAAUGGGACCUAGUGUUAACAAAGCGAAACACGUAUAUUCCAAUACCGAAAUCACUUUACGAUGGGUUUAGUAUUUACGUGCAAGUUACUUGCGAACCGGCCCUGUCCCAGCCAAAUAGCAAUGCGGAAACACGUGUAAACAUAUCCUGGAGCCUACGAGAGUUGAAGUGUUGGCAAGAAUAUGUCAGCUAUUCCUACCUUUUGCAAGAUGAGCGGUUCCCGACGAGAAACAAUGUGACGCAGAUUGAUUCCACUGUGUACCCGAAUGUAUGCAGCAAUGAUCGCCACAUCGUAAUUCCGGAAACGAAAUUUGCUGAAGCCAGUCAUCCAGUUUCUGCACCAUCGCGACGCAGCAUUGGAGCAUUAAGCAGCGAACAGCAACCGGUAUUCACGGUAUCCAAGGAUGGACUAUACAUUUUUAUCCUGCGUAUUGAACCUGGCGAUAAAGAAGGCGCACGUUCCAACGGUGAGUUGGACAUGUUUGGCGAGUACACGGCGAGUGUGCAUGUGGAAAUUAGACGUGCAAGCGGUUACUUAUCGGCAGUCGAUUGGCCAUUGCUACCGUUCUACGGUGCCAUGUGUUUGGUCUAUGUCCUACUGGGUAUUGUUUGGUUGACGGUGUCUUUCCUACAAUGGAGAGAUUUACUUCGCAUACAGUUCUGGAUUGGAGGUGUAAUUCUGCUGGGAAUGUUGGAAAAGGCCAUGUUCUACGGUGAGUAUCAGAGCAUCAAUUCUACCGGAGUGUCCGUGAAAGGAAUGGUACUGUUAGCGGAAUGGGUAUCCUGUGGGAAGCGCACAUUGGCCCGAAUGCUUGUCAUCAUUGUGUCCCUGGGCUUCGGAAUAGUAAAACCCCGGUUAGGACCCAUGCUGCAUCGGGUGGUAGGUACGGGCGUGCUGUACUCGGGACUGGCAUGCGUAGAAAGCUAUCUGCGCAUUAUGCACACGAAAAAUGAUCCCAGUAAUCAAAUACUUGUCGCCAGCAUACCGCUCGCCGUACUAGACUCGGCCAUCUGUUGGUGGAUAUUUACCUCGCUCGUCCAAACAACUCGCACUUUGCGUCUCCGACGAAACAUGGUGAAGCUCUCGUUGUAUAGACACUUCACCAACACUCUCAUAUUUGCCGUACUAGCUUCCGUCGUGUUCAUGCUGUACUCCAUAAAGGUACACCGGUUUGCGGAUUGUUUAACAGAUUGGAAAGAGCUGUGGGUCGAUGACGCUUUCUGGCAUGUACUGUUUUCCACCUUGCUGCUCGUGAUUAUGAUCCUUUGGCGACCCACUAACAAUAAUCAACGUUAUGCAUUCACGCCACUUCUCGAUAAUCCGGAAGAUGAAGAUGACGAGGAAGAAGAACAGUUCAUUUCUGACGCGUAUGGUGUGAAAAUGCGUGGAGCACGGAGCAAUUCUCCAAAACCGAACGCCAAAAGCCCUACCACGGACGAGGAAAAUUUGAAAUGGGUCGAAGAUAACAUCCCGGCCGCUAUCGCUGAUGCGGCACUUCCUGUGUUGGAUUCGGACGAGGAAAUCAUCAACACCAAGUUUGAGGUGUCCAAAAUGCAAUGAAAUGACACGCGUACUGCAUCAAACAUCCUAUGUUAUAUAGUAUAUAGUAAUAUAAGCU